GUUUGCCGGCCGACGAUUUAACAGAUUUAAAUAUAAACCGGUUAGAUAGGUUCCAGUUAAUCGAUCGAAUGGUGCAAGAUUUCUGGAAAAGGUGGCGUUUGGAAUAUUUGACUACCUUACAAACUAGAGAAAAAUGGAAUAUAGAUUUGCCUAAUGUUAAAAUCGGAACGGUUGUUAUUUUAAAGGUAGACAAUGUACCUACACUUUGUUGGCCGUUGGCCAUUGUUACUGAGGUUCAUCCGGGUAAAGACGGAGUUGUUAGAAAUGUUACUGUGAAAACUUCGAAAGGGACAUUUACACGACCAGUUUUGAAGUUAUGCCCUCUUCCGAAUCAAUAAAUUUACAGUAAUAUCUUUUGUAUAUAGUUAUAGGUAUUUUUCAUUAGAAUUUAUUUAUUUUUUUUUUCGAUUAUUUUUUUUGAGUUACGGUAAUUAACUCUGAAAAUUUUGGUAUAUUAAUUUAUGCCUGGUCCUUUGAGUAUUUAUUUGGAACUAGUUUUUUUUAUUGUGUUUUCGGCACAAAUUGCAUACAGAUUUGGCUGAAAAAUGGGUUUUUCAGGGCGGGGGCUAUGUUUGCGCCAAUAUGAAUAUAUAUUUCAUUUAUUUUAAUUCGGGAACGUCUUGGCAACACAGUUCUAAGUAAGCAUAAUCUUCUGUCCUUUAUGUUAAAUCAGUCAGUCGUUAACAUACAUACGGUCGGAACGUAUAGUACACCUUGACAAUUUUAAUUUGAUUUUGUGUGUGUUUUCCGUGAGACAAAUUGACGAUACCAGACAACAUAUUUUCGGUAAGUUCCCUUCUUUUAUCCCAUCCUUCAUUUUCCUUAAUGCCACCGAAAAUAGUGCUUCAACAUUUAACAACACGAAGAAAAUCUAAGAAAAUCUCGAUUAAUAAAGAUGACGUUAUAUCACAGAAAAUUUGUUCAAAAUGUGGCGAAAACGUCUUAAAGCUGUAUACUUUCCGAGAGCAGUCAUUGAAAAAUGAUAAACUUUUAAAGGAACUCCAUCGAAACGUUCGAAAGAAAACUAUGCACAAGAGUGUAAUCAAUCUUUUCAAGAAAUACCCAGGUCUAAAAAUACCAAAUGUCGCUUUAGAUUUGAAUAUCAGUCCUAUGGUUGUAAUGGACAUGGACGGAGUUCAAAAUUACCUCCGAACGCAUAAUAAAAAUAUGGCCAAACAUACCCAAGAGGUUCUUAGAAACGAAAGUACAAAAGCCGGCUGCUCAUCAAAAGAUUUUUCCGUUUCUACUAAAGAUACAGUCUCUCCCAUCAGUCUUAAACUUGUUCAGAAUACUUCAAGUUAUGAAAUUAUCCAUAAAACAAAUACUACCGAAGAUGAUGGGAGACUCCAACAGGAGAUAAUUAACCUUCUGUCGUCUCCUGUUGCCAAACGAAUCUCUUCCUACGGUAAGAGAAGAAAUUCCCUUCCGGAUGGAUCUCCUCCCCAUAAAAGAUUCUGUGAAGCGAGUACAUCCCAUCAGUCGAUCAGUCAUCGUAGAAGAUCGCAUAGUAAUAGCAAAUCAGAACAUCUAAAUAAUCAGAAAAAGGUGGAUGUUAACAAGAGUCCCGUAAUAAUAUCGAAUAUCCUUAUACAAACGGGAGAAGAAAGAGACAAAUCAUCAAAUGGUGCUAAACAAUCUAAUCAAACUGCAGGAACACAUGCAGAUCCUGAAAUACCAAAAUCUAAUCAACGUGAAAAAUUAGAUUCGUCUAUAUAUACAAAUAUAAAUGGAAUUAAACCUUUGUCGUCAACUAUAGUUAUUGAUAAAACUUUAUGUAAUGAUAGGCAAAUUACUUCUAAUUUACAAUUAAAGAAAACAUCUGAAACACACGAUUCUCAAAUACCAAAAAGUGAUUCUUUAAAUAGAUCUGAAGGUGCUACAGAGCAUCAGGUUCCAAUUGUUGACAGUACCUGUCCAAAUUCUCCGCCGGAAAUAGUUCAUAACAUAGCUUUAAGUUCUAGUGAUAUUAGUGAGAAAUCUGUGACUGAGUGUAAUUUUAAGGAAAACGCUAUGACAAAUCCAAUUGGUACAAGGAAAAAGCCGACUGACGUCGUAUCUGACAGAGAUGCUUGCAAUAAAUUAGAUUUUAACCGGGACUUUUCUCCGAAAAAAUUGAAAAUAACAGAGCCAGAAAGUAAAAUUGAAAUUUCUUCUCCACAAAUAAUUGAAGUGGAUUUAAGUUCAGAAGAUGAAACGAGUGAAGAUUUAUCAAUUUCAUUUAAUACUAAAAAUAAUUUAAAUAAUAUUCAUAUAUGUACAUUUUGUACAAAAAAAUGUGAAACAAAACAAGAUUUACUUGCGCAUUCUUCGUCGUGUGUUCCUAAAAAUAAUGCUACAGCUGAUUCUUCACGCGCUUUAGAAAAACAGUCAGAGGUUACCAAAAAUCAAAAUUCAAAUGUUGAUACUAGAAAUGAAAAUUCUACAGAAGUUGUACCUGAAAUAAUAGAAAUUUUAUCGGAUGACGAACAACAAGCAACCAGUAACAUAACGUCUUCUGUCAUUAUACCCAACAUAACGAUGCCUGAUAAUGAAUUUAUUGAUAUUAUUAAUUCUAAUAGUGAUAGCGGUAUUAUCACUAACCAAUUAUUAAGUGCUAUAAAAGAUUUACCGUGUCCAGAAAAAGAGACACAAACCAAUAUAUCAUCCCAUCGUUUAUUUGAUAAACUACAAGAAGAUUUUAAAAUAAUUCUUAAUGAUGAAUCUGUAACUCCAAACUUUGAUUAUCGGAUUAAAAUGCAAAGGUUUAAAGCUUUCUUGCAUUUUUACCUAGUUCCUUGCAUCAUUACUAAUGGAAAACAAUUUUCUGUUAAGUAUAUUCAAGAGCAAGUUCAACCUAAACAAGAACUUAAAUAUUGGGACAAUCUCACACCUAUAGAUAUUAAAUUGAAAAACUCCUAUGUGAAACUAGAACCUCCAGAAGCCGAUGAUGAUCAAGUACUUAAUCCUCAAGAAAAAAUAAGUGCAGACGGUAUUGAGCCACAAAUUUCUCAUGUUGAUAAUGCUGCAGUAAAUGUUACAAAUAUUCCAAAAGUUACUCCAGAAAUAUCUUUGAACCCUACGCUACCAACACCAGUACCUCUAGAGUCGUUUCCGCCAACGUUAUUAGCACAAGUUUCAGCGGAAUCAGUUGAAAUGACCCAAUCUUCUAAUAGUAUCAAUGUUUGUUUACCUCAAUCUACAGAAAAGCAGAAAACGCAAGAAAUAACGCUAAACGAUCCUGGACUUGAAAUUGACAUUGACGCUACAAUACGUUUAAACACUGAAGAGCUAGCAAAACUUCUAGACAUUAGUGCCCCUUCAAGUAACUGCAAUAAUAAUUCUUCCAAUUCGACAAUAAAUUCUUCACAUAAUAUAAAUGUGACCCCACCUAUAGAAGCCAAUUUAAGAAAUGUACCACUGCCUACACCGUUUCCGACGUUUUCAAAUGAAAACGUGCCGGUCGUUUUGCCUUCUACCGCUUAUCCAAGUCUACCUGAAUUAGGAUUAAAUAUUGAAAAUUUUGAUUCAUAUAUUGAAGCACCUGUUUUAACCCAAAAUUUGCCAAUUCAUACAAAUUCCUUUAUAGACUCAAAUACAAGUAACUCUACAUCUACACGACUACCAGAUGUUUUAUCAACUAUUCCACGUCCUCCAGCUGAGUCUCUUGGUUCUCAAAACAUCCAUCUAAAUGGUGCCAAUAAUAACAUCCUCUCCAAUGCCACUGAACUUGAAAACAUUGUGAGGGGACUGUUCAAUACUAAUACCAAUACUAAUAAUAUGUAUAAUACCGAUCCAGUACCUUCCAAUACAGAUGUAAGGCGAAAUAAUAAUUUUCCGAACAACCCCUCGAACUAUCAAUAUUAUCAACAGCGUAUUAACGUCAAUAUGAACGUAUAUAACAAUAACUCCCGUCAAACUCCCGAUACAACACCGAGAAAUGCCUAUUAUAGAAGUCAAGCAGCUUGGGUACCCCCUGAACAAACUAAUGGAUACAGCCAGACUGCACUUCCCCCGCCCCCUCCAUAUACUCCACAACAUCAUCAAAAUCAUCCCCAACAAGGUUUCCCAAGCUCUUAUGGUACAAUUCCUACUAUUAGUAAUAAUCGCAAUUAUAAUUCUAAUCCACCAUUAAAUAAUUACAGACAGGUUACCAGGCCACAAUCGAAUAAUCGCAAUUGUUACACCCCGUAUCCACCAAAUAAUUCAACAAACUCAGUCCAACGAAAUAGUAGCAACCAGAAUUAUGGAUACUUUUCGCAAAGGAUGCAAUCUCUUCUGUCUAUGAGAAAUAAUGCACCCCGUGUUCCUGAGCCAUCUAAUAUCAGAGUGAGGUCGAUUGAUGAUUUAAGAUAAGACUUUAUCAGUAUUUUUUAUUAUUUUUGUGGAUCUUAAACAUUGCUUUUACAUUUCGUAGUAAAAAUUUGGUUAAAAUAAUGUGUAUGUCUAUUGUAUAAUGUGAAAACCAGGUGGUAAAUCUUUCAAAGAUCGUACUCGGACGUGUCCGUUAAGAAUGACCUAGUGUGUAUUGGAUUCACGUUGGAUGUUUGUAAGGCCUAUCGGCACGCAAUCCCCUGGAGAAGGCGUGUUCACAGAUACUAUUGUACACCCAUAGCUCCCUACCUACCAACUUAGUCCAAGUCAUUAUCCGGACUCUUCAUGUGGUAGGUCCUCUGCAGACUGGUGCAUCACAUGAAUAGCCCAUCCUCUAUCUAUCUCUAUCUCUAUGUCUCUCUCACACACUAUUUCUUAUCUUUUAUGGAUAUCAAACAUUGUUUUUACAUUUCGUAAUAAAAAUUUGAUUAAAGUGAUGUCUAUUGUAUAAUAUGACAAGGAGGUGGUAAAUAUUUCAAAGACCGUACCAGGUCUUACACAGAGAGGGGCUAAAUUAUGGAAUAAAUUCAUUUUCUUUAAAAUGGACGACUUUCGAGAAAAAUCCCGAAACGGGUCGAUUUUUAUUUUUAAAUUACAAUUUUUUGGCAUAUAUUUCAUACUAGUGACGUAAUCGAUGAUUUUUUUAAAUAGGAAUAAAGGGUGUUCAAUUCUCUAUUCAGUAAUGUAAACAUUAAUAUCAUUAUUUAUAUAGGGUGGCCAAAAAAAUAAUUUUUGAAUUAAAUUAAUUUACGCAAAAAGAAGAACGUAUGCAAUUUAUUUAACUCAAAAUUCAUUCUAUUGCUGUCAGAAAAUAGAAAAAAAUGUUUAUUUAACAAAUAAACAUUGCUUUUCGCUUAAAUUAAAUGUUCAAAUUGCAAAAAGAGGUAGGUGGGAGGCUGUUUGCGAUUUAAUUUAAGCGAAAAGAAAUGUUUAUUUGUGAAAUAAACAAUCUUAUCUACUUACUGACAGCAGUACAAUGUAUUUUGAGUUAAAUAAAUUACAUAUAUUCUUCUUUUUGCGUCAAUUAAUUUAAUUCAAAAAUUAUUUUUUUUGGUCACUCUGUAUAAAUAAUGAUACUAUUGUUUAUAUUACUGAAUAUCAAAUUGAGCGCCCUUUCAAAUGAGAUAUCACACGACCCCUAUUCCUAUUUUAAAAAAUCAUCUAUUACGACGGAUGACGUCACUAGUAUGAAAGAUAUGCCAAAAAUUGUAAUUUAAAAAUAAAAGUCGACCUGUUUCGAGAUUUUUUUCCAAAAUCGUCCAUUUUAGAGAAAAUGAAUUUAUUCCAUAAUUUAACCCCUCUCUGUAUAUCUCUCUCAUAUCUUAUCUUUGCUGCAGAUUCCUCUCUAAUAUUUCCUUCUUUCUGAAAAUUCGAGUUACUAUCUCCAGUAUUAUCUCUCAUUGCUAUCUGCAUUUUGGUAUUUGCACCUAAUCUACCUUUUUGUUACUGUUGCUGUCAUCAUUACAUUACGCACUCAAAUACACAGUGCUCUUGCAUGUCAGCCAUUCCACAUUCUGUGUAGUUUCCAUCCGCAACCUUCUUUAGUCUUUCCAGGUAGGCCCUAAAAACGGGGUCAAAAGUAAUUAGUGUCUCUAUCUUCAUAUAUUAUGCGAUAUUUGGAAUUAAUACCCUCUUUCAGGCUGCCCUACGCUGAUUGGUCAAUUUUUUCUGCCGAUAUUCCUAGCUAAUAUUUUCUCCUGUUCAUCCUUCCCGUGGGUUUCCACCAUUUCCUUCACCAUUGGGUGGAUGGCCAUCACACCUGAAAUUACUGUACAAACGCUUUCCUGCUUUGAGGCAUUGACAGCUUACGUCACUUCUUCCCUUGUGAAUUCGGUCACGGGUAUCUCCACCUGGAGUGGUGCAAAGCUUACUUUUUAUCUUUGUGGAAAAAGAGCUAUAGCCAGUUUAGUCCUGUCGCCAGGGGGGGUACAACGGCCUCCUGUAUUCAGAUGGACUUACCCAAGUUUUUUUUAUGUAUUUUGACCUGUAGAACACGAAUUUUUUGGGUAACAGUUGAUCCGGAUGUCGAUAAGAUUGUUAUAAACCAAGAAGUUGAGGAAUCACAUAACAGCGAUUUCUCGCAAAACAAAACAUUUUUUUUGUAUUUUUUGGUCCAUUUUAACCGAAAAAUGUUCCUACAAAUUUUUUCGUAGGAUGCAUAGUUUUCGAGAUAAACGCGGUUGAACUUUCAAAAAAUCGAAAAAUUGGAAUUUUUGAACCCGAAAAACUUUUGAUUGAAAAAUAAAAUAGCAAUUCUGCUUACCGCAUUUGAAAGUUCAAGUCAAAUUAUAUCGGUUUUAAUUAUUUGUAUUGCCAAAAAUGUAUUAUUUUAUUGUUAAAACAAAGCUAUAAACACCUAGUGCUUGAGUGAUGUUUCAGUGAUUUCUCAUUUAAAAUCGAACGAGUACGUAGAGGAGGUAAAAGUGCAAGCGGGGCUAUUUCUAAGUAGCAUGCAUUAAAACGCAUGUAUUAGGCACGGGAAACAGUAUGUGUUUAUAGCUUUUUUUAACAAUCAAAAAAUAAAUUUUUAGCAAUGCAAAUAUUCAAAACAGAUACAAUUUGACUUAAACUUUUAAAGGCGGUAAGCAGAAUUGCUAUUUUAUUUUUUAUUCAAACGUUAUUCGGGUUCAAAAAUUGCAAUUUUUCCAUUUUUUGAAAGUUCAACCGCGUUUAUCUC